CAUCAGUACAAGUAUUAAUAAUUGAUGAAGUUGGAGAGACAUAUAAAGCAGUAAGGAUAGCCAGAAGUUCAGCAAGUGUAGAUGAAAAUGAAUUAAGAAGAAGUGUGGCAUUAAAGCAAUGGACGGAUAUAAAUUGUAAGGUGGAAGUAUUAGUAAAAUUAGCAGAAUAUGAAUGA